AUGGAGCUUCCAGGCAGGUCAGAUAUUGGGGCCUUCAUCUACGUGUCUGCCUUGUGCAGCAGCACCUGGCAGCAGGCUCUCACAGGCACGGUAGCAGUGAGGCUGCUGGUUUUCAAAGGUACUGUGGAGCUGGGAAUGGGAGAGGAGAAUGGGAAUGGGGUUGAAGAGGACAGUGAUGCAGAGAACUAUGGAGAAGAGAACGAGGACCAGGGAAAGUAUUCUAAAAGAAAAGUAGCCUCUAACUGGGAUCGAUACCAAGAUAUUGAAAAAGAAGUGGAUCGUGAAGGUGGAGAAUCACAGAGGGGCACAGAUUUCAGUGUCCUUCUCAGCUCUGCAGGGGACUCCUUCUCACAGUUCCGGUUUAUUGAGGAAAAGGACUGGGAUGGCGAGGCUUCGUGUCCAAAACAGAAUUCAGCAUUUUAUGUGGACUGUGAGUCGCUGGUCCGAGCCCUUCAAGAACUGCCCCUCUCGCUCCGACUCAAUGUUGCUGCCGAGUUGGUCCAGACCACCCUUCCUUUAGAGCUUCCUCAGGUGAAACCAAAGAGAAAUGAUGAGGGCAAGGGGCUAGGGAUGCAGUUAAAAGGGCCAGUCUCUGAGCUGAGGGCUGCUGGUCACUCCAGACCAGGGCCAUCUGAGGGGGCUCAGAAACCUGCUCCCCUGCUGCCGCCAGUAGCAGACCAUUUGGAAGAAGAAUUAGAUCUCUUGCUUAAUUUGGAUUCACCUGUAAAAGAGGGAGAGAACGUCUUACCGGCUCAGACACCUCUGGAUCUGGAAUCUGAGAAAGAUGAGGAGCUGGCCCAAGAAGAAGAGGUUCCCACAAAACCGUCUGUGAUGGAAGAAAAGAAAGUGGAAUCAGAGCACCCAAGUACAUCAAAAAAUGUCACAGAGGAAGAGCUUGAAGACUGGUUGGACAGCAUGAUUGCCUAAAAAACAAAAAAGUGCCUGAAGCAAAUCCUGGUUGCCUUGUAAGUAAGGGCUGUCCACGAACAGCUGGCUGACGGCACCCCUGCGCCUACCUCUGUGUCUCUCAACACCUGACAUAAUACAGUGAAGAGGCUCAUUGCACUUGUUCUCUGGCUUGGUAAUUUAGUAGAUUCCUCAAGGGCACCAGGGCGGGGGAUGAAGCUCUUGUUUCCUGCCUCUUCCUCUUGAUUCUAGCGUAGCAAGUGCCAUGGAAGAGAACAGAAACAGCCCACAAGGUAGUCCUUUGGCUGAGUAACUGGCCUGUCAAUGUUUCUUCUUUCUGGGCGGGUCCCAGGGCUUUUUGUCCCAUGUCCCUUUCCCAGGCAGUUGCAGUGUGGAGGCAACGCCAAGAGGCACGUUACGAGGCCAACGCACAGACUGGUUUGUAUGACUUUAUUGCAGUGGGCACUUCAUUUUAUUUAAGGAGAUUCACCAAAGCAGCUCCACUACUUACAGGGGACCAUAAAGCAUUACUCGAUUUGGCAUAAGAUUGAGAGUUUCUGAAAUUUCAGUACAGUACUUUUCUUCUAAUAACAGCAGUUGACAAGCUGUUACUGAAAAAAAUUGUCUGAGUCACCUCCAAGUGCAAUUUCAUAAAGACAGAGGAGCAACACAACUAGUUAAUGGAACCGUCUGGAACAUAAACAUAAAAAACUUGCAUAGCUAUAUCUAAAGAGAUUUUUAAGGCACUUACUUGAUAUUUCAGUGUCGACAAAGUGGUGGUUUUUUUUCUAUGUCUUUAACUGCUUAAAGCUUUUCAAGCUGAUUCUGGAUACAUUCACUAGCAAGUACCAUGGGAAAAAUUAGACUGCAGUUAAAAUGAGCUUUUGUAGUUCAGACCAUGAGUCACUAGCGCGAAACUGUCAUGUGACAUUAGUGUUGAAGACUUCAUACUUCUCCCUUUUUCUCAAUGAUGCUCUCCCUGCCACUUAGUUAGAACUGGACCACUGGAAGGCAUUCAACUAGUGACUCCGAGAGUCUCUGCUGUCCUUACCCCUCCCACACGAGGUUUUUUGACAGGUUAUCUCCCACAGUAUACAUCCAUUAGGUACAUAAAAGCUAAAUCAAACUCCAAAAUAGCACAGAUUUUAACACAUACUUUCUUGUAAGGGAGGCAUUUAGAAAAUGCCACAUUUCAGAUGUGUUGCAGGCCCCUAAAUGGAGGAUGUCAUCUUGCCUGAAGGUGACCAUCCAGAGCUGUAGCC